GGCCGUGAGAGAGGAGGACGGCGGGGGGGAUCAGGCUUCGGAGUCCUGUGCCACAUUUGUGGCAAACUUGUUGCCCCGCAGAGCUCCCGAGGACUCCGACCGGCACUGCGACGUUCGCCGAGCGCCAACGACAGACGAGAAGCAGGCUUCGCGUAUCGCGCCUUGGCUGAGGAGGGCCCUCGACAACAGCGUCACGUGAGAAGAACCAGGCAGUAGCGGCGCGGUCAUGGCGGACCAGGAAGAUGAAGGCAAAGGGACUGCGAAAAAGGAGGUUCGCGUGUUCGGUCGGCCCGAGCUGGCCUCCAAGGUGGCCAUGUUCCAGAAGAAGGCCGAAGACCACGAUCGUCAACAAAAGGACAACCCUUUCUCGGAACGCUGGGACGGAUCCAGCUCCGGUGCCCUGUCCAAAGACGACCCCCGGUACGGCCACCCCGAGGAAGGAUCGAAGACCGAGAAACGCGGCCAGCAGGCCGGGAAGCUGAUAAGCAGCGAGGUUCGCGUACUAUGCGAGAACCUGCACGAGUUCGGUACCGAGCAGCCAGACGGAACGCGGGCUAUCACGUUCGGGGAGCUCUUCCAGCUGUACACGAGCAUCUCGAACAAGGUGGUGGGGAUCCUGCUGCGCGCGCGCAAGCACGGACUCGUCGACUUCGAGGGCGAGAUGCUGUAUCAGAAGCAAGACGACGGCGUCGUCAUCCGGCUGCUGCGUCCCAUCGCCGACAUACACCGCGAGAUGGGCCACAACCCGGCGCUGGCGCAGCUUCCCAAGACCACUCCCGUGCUGCUGGGAGCCAAGAAGACGGCCGCUUCGUAGCCCCAACACGCUGCUCGGCGGCUUGAUAUAUUGUGCUCGUUCGGGCCCUGCAAAACGCCGGGGAUAGCUGACCAGCGAGUUCAGCUGCUUCUCUGCCUGUACACGUUCCGCUUGCAAAUGCAAAACAAAAGCUGUAACGAUGAUUUCGUUUUUCUAUCCGGAAAGCAAUAAAGACGCACUUCGAAAGCUUC